AGCUGUUGCUGGUGGUUAAGAUCAUUUUAUAACAGGUUGCUUUACUAGAUCGGAAAUAGCUUUGCUCAAAUUUUGCUGUUUCGAGUCUAUUCCAAUUCCAAGGAGGCACCCACACUAUAAACAUCUUCAAGAGGAUUGCCACUAAGUAACAAUCAUGAACACUCUAAGGUCCCGUGCUGCGCUUAUAGGGAGACCUGGGUUCAUAUCUUCAAGAUUAUCCACAAGAAUAUCCAACAUUUCAAAUGUUUGCCUUAAGAGACAACCAUUACUCAAUCAAAAUGUCCGUUCAUUUUCAUGUUAUAAACCUUUAGCUUUCCAAUAUUCAAGAUUCAAUGCUAAAGAUGAAGAUGGUAAAGAUAAGAAAAACAAGAAAGAUGGCAAGAAAAACAAUGAAAGGGACUAUCAAACAAUGGGUGAAUAUUUCAAAUCUAAAGAGUUUUACAGAAGUUUAUAUCUAACAUUAGGUCUUACAUUGGUUUUCUAUUUAAUAACUCCAGGUGAUAGCAGUGCUCAAAAUAUUUUAACAUUUCAAGAAUUCAAAUCAAAAUACCUAGAAAAGGGUUUAGUGGAAAAAGUGUAUGUUGUCAAUAAGUACUUGGUUGAAGCUGAAUUGAGAUCUGAAGCUGGUGUUAGUUCAUUUGGUGGUAAACCAUCCGUUGCAUUCACUAUUGGUUCCGUUGAUGUAUUUGAAGAACAAAUUGAUGAAAUCCAAGAUCGUUUGAAAAUCCCUCCAAAUGAAAGAAUCCCUGUUGCCUAUGUUGAAAAAGCAUCUAUUUUAAACAUUUUGGUCCCAUUCUUACCAACUGUUUUAUUAUUAGGUGGUCUUUACUAUUUAACGAAAAGAGUUGGUCAAGGCUCGGGUGGUGCUGGAGGUCCAAUGUCUGGAUUAUUUAAUGUUGGUAAAAGUAAGGCAAAAUUAUUUAAUCAAGAAACUGAAAUUAAGACGAAAUUCAAAGAUGUUGCAGGUUGUGAUGAAGCAAAAGAGGAAAUUAUGGAAUUUGUUGAAUUUUUGAAAAACCCUCAAAAAUAUGAAAAAUUAGGUGCAAAGAUCCCAAGAGGUGCAAUCUUAUCAGGUCCUCCAGGUACUGGUAAAACUUUAUUAGCAAAAGCAACUGCAGGUGAAGCUGGUGUUCCAUUUUUAUCAGUUUCAGGUUCAGAAUUUGUUGAAAUGUUUGUAGGUGUUGGUGCAUCUCGUGUUCGUGAUUUAUUCAAAACUGCUAGAAAAAUGGCUCCUGCAAUCAUUUUUGUUGAUGAAAUUGAUGCAAUUGGUAAAGAAAGAGGUAAAGGUGGAAUGGGUGGUAAUGAUGAAAGAGAAGCAACUUUAAAUCAAUUAUUAGUGGAAAUGGAUGGGUUUGAAAGCUCAGAUCAUGUUGUUGUCCUUGCUGGUACAAAUAGACCAGAUGUUUUAGAUCCUGCCUUAAUGAGACCUGGUAGAUUUGAUAGACAUGUUUCUAUUGAUAGACCUGAUAUUGAAGGUAGAAAAGCCAUCUAUAGAGUCCACUUGAAAAAAUUAACUUUAAAGAUUAAUGAAGAUGGAUUUGUUGAAGAGAAAAAUGAUGAUUUAAGUGGUAGAUUAGCUGCUUUAACUCCAGGAUUUUCAGGUGCUGAUAUUGCGAAUGCUUGUAAUGAAGCUGCUUUAAUCGCUGCAAGAUAUGGGGACAAAUUUGUUGAGUUAAGACAUUUUGAACAAGCCAUUGAAAGAGUUAUUGCAGGUUUAGAGAAAAAAUCAAGAGUUUUAUCAAAAGAUGAGAAGAAAGUUGUUGCAUAUCAUGAAGCUGGUCAUGCUAUUUGUGGUUGGUAUUUAGAAUAUGCUGAUCCAUUAUUAAAAGUUUCCAUUAUUCCAAGAGGUCAAGGUGCUUUAGGUUAUGCUCAAUAUUUACCUCCAGAUCGUUAUUUAUUAUCUACUGAUCAAUUCAAAGAUCGUAUGACUAUGGCUUUAGGUGGCCGUGUUUCUGAGGAACUACAUUUCAAAUCUGUCACUUCCGGUGCUCAUGAUGAUUUUAAAAAAGUUACAAAUAUCGCAGAAUCAAUGGUUAAAACAUUAGGUAUGUCUGAUAAAAUUGGUUAUUUAUCAUUUGAUACAAGUGAUCAAGGUGGAUUCCAAGUUCAAAAACCAUUUAGUGAAAAGACUUCAAGAAUUAUUGAUCUUGAAGUUAAAAAAAUCGUUGACGAAUGUUAUGAAAGAUGUAAAAACCUAUUGGUGGAAAAAGCUGAUGGUGUUGAAAAAGUUGCACAAUUAUUACUAGAAAAAGAAGUUUUAACAAGAGAUGAUAUGAUUAGAUUGUUAGGUCCUAGAAAAUUCAAAGAAAAUGCAGAUUUCGAGAAAUACUUAGGAGGUGGUAAAAGUGCACCUCCUCCCCCACCUGAAGAAACAGGUCCUGCACCAGUAUGAAGGAUUUUUUUCAAAAAAAGAUAUAACUUGUACAUAGAGAAUAUCAUUUGAUUACAUGAGAAAAUUGGAAUGAUGUAGUAAAAAAAAGCUGUUUCAUUAUUAACAUAUAUGCAAAUUUUUCAUCUCAUCCACUAGCAGCCAACACUUCUCUCUUCACCAAUUUAUGCUCAAAAAGUUUCCUCCUCCAUAUUUAUAUCUUGAGCUUCAGUAAUAUCAUCAGGAACUUGAAACCCUUCUUCUGUUGUAUAUAAGAUUUCUUGAACUUUUAACAAAAUUUCUUUCAAACUUGGAUGUUGUUCCACAGUUGAUUCAUCUUUCAAUAAAUCACUUGUACUUUCAGUCAAAAUUUCAAUCUCUCUCAACUUGUUGAAAUAAAAA